AUGUUCAGAUGUUGCCGAAUGUUGUUUGGCAGGCGCCGUGUCUUACACUCACGUACUGUAAGAAUUGGGUACGGUCCAGUUGGUGGUGACAGUGGUUCUGGAUUUGCCCCAAACAAAGUUUGCAAUCAGAAGUACAACAUUUUCAGUUUCGUGCCACUGGUCCUCUUUCAACAGUUCAAGUUCUUUUUGAAUUUGUACUUUUUGUUGAUGGCAUGCAGUCAGUUUAUACCCGCUAUCCAAAUUGGAGCUCCUAUUACCUAUUGGGGUCCUCUUGGGUUUGUAUUAACGAUAACACUAAUUCGUGAAGCACUGGAUGAUUUCGUACGUUUUUUGCGAGAUAAAGAGCUAAAUGGUGAAAAGUACGAACGGCUUACGAGAGAUGGUACAAGAGUGGAGGUGAACAGCAGUGAUAUUGAGGUGGGCGACGUCAUUAUAAUAGGUAAAGAUCGACGUGUACCUGCUGAUGUGGUUCUCUUACGUACCACCGAGAGAUCAGGAGCAUGUUUCAUCCGUACUGAUCAGUUAGAUGGUGAAACUGAUUGGAAGCUGCGUGUUGCUGUUCCAUUUACACAGCAUCUUAUGAGUGAAGCUGAAAUCAUGGAAAUUAAUUGCGAAAUUUAUGCGGAGAAACCUCAGAAAGAUAUCCAUGCCUUUGUCGGAACGUUUAAGGUAACCACCGAUGAUCAAGUGCAAGAUGGAUCGUUGAACGUUGAGAAUGUGUUGUGGGCAAAUACUGUUCUUGCUAGUGGAACUGCCGUCGGAAUAGUUGUAUACACAGGAAGAGAAACCCGCUCAGUAAUGAACACCACCUUACCAGAAAGUAAGGUCGGUUUGUUAGAUCUUGAGGUUAACAAUCUAACGAAGUUACUUUUCGUAUUUGUAAUGGUGCUAGCCUCUGUAAUGGUUAUUAUGAAAGGAGUAGAUACCAACUGGUAUCGUUACCUCAUGCGUUUCGUCCUCUUGUUUUCGUAUAUCAUCCCAAUUUCGUUGAGAGUGAAUCUUGACAUGGCUAAGUUGGUUUACGCUUGGCAAAUUGGACGCGAUAAACAAAUUCCGGAAACAGUCGUACGUUCGUCAACAAUACCUGAGGAACUUGGGCGAAUAUCUUUCCUGCUUUCUGACAAAACGGGUACACUCACGAAAAAUGAGAUGCACUUCAAGAAGAUCCAUCUUGGUACGGUGGCGUUCAAUUCAGAUGCUUUUGAAGAAGUUGCCCAACAUGUUGCCAGUGCUUAUUCUGGUCGACUGGCAAGAUAUUCAUUUUCGGCGAAACUUCAGAUGGCAGUGGAAGCUAUUGCUUUAUGUCAUAAUGUAACACCUAUAUCUGAAGGAGGGAGUGUUUCUUACCAAGCCGCUAGUCCCGACGAGGUCGCCCUCGUCAAGUGGGCAGAAACUGUUGGAGUUAGAUUAGCUCAACGCGAUCUGCAUUCUAUUCAACUGCAGCUUAAUAUAGGGCAAACGCGACAGUUUCAGAUUUUGCAUGUCUUUCCGUUCACUAGCGAAACGAAACGUAUGGGAAUAAUUGUGAAGGAUGAAACAACGGAUGAAAUUUCAUUGUUAAUGAAAGGUGCGGAUACCGUUAUGGCAGGCAUGGUGCAAUACAAUGAUUGGCUCGAAGAGGAGUGUAGUAACAUGGCUCGCGAAGGUCUGCGGACUUUGGUGGUGGCUAAGCGUGUUCUAUCCGCUGCUGAGUUAGAAGCUUUUGAUCGUGCAUACCAUGCUGCUAAGAUGUCUAUUACUGAGAGAUCGCAAACCAUGCAAAGCUGUGUGAAUCGUAUGCUUGAGAAGGACCUUCAGCUUUUGUGCUUGACGGGUGUUGAGGACAGAUUACAGGAUCAAGUUACGACGUCUUUGGAACUUCUUCGUAAUGCUGGGAUCAAAAUUUGGAUGUUGACCGGUGACAAACUUGAAACGGCCAUUUGCAUCGCAAAAUCAAGUGGUCUAUUUUCGAGGACAGAUAACGUGCAUGUUUUCGGAUCGGUUAAGAAUAGAACUGAGGCUCACAGUGAGCUUAAUGCUUUGAGAAGGAAAAGUGAUGUGGCUCUUGUGAUGCAGGGGUCUGCUCUUAACGUCUGUCUUCAAUAUUAUGAAGCUGAGGUUGCCGAGCUGGUUUGUGCUUGCACCGCUGUUGUGUGCUGCCGAUGUUCUCCUGAACAGAAGGCUCAAAUUGUGCAGCUUUUGCGCAAAUAUCGCUCUCCAUUACGAGUUGCAGCUAUAGGUGAUGGAGGGAAUGACGUAAGCAUGAUACAGGCUGCUCACGCUGGAAUUGGAAUUGACGCCAAUGAAGGAAAGCAAGCUUCCUUAGCAGCAGAUUUUUCGAUAACUCAAUUUUCGCAUGUUUGCCGGUUAUUGCUUGUUCAUGGUCGUUUUUGUUACAAGAGAUCAUGUGCGCUUUCGCAGUUUGUCAUGCAUAGGUCACAUAACCCUUCUAAGUUUUCAGAGCUAUUUUUUCAUGUGUAUUUUACUUCUUAUUCCACUGCGUACACUAUGCUUCCUGUAUUCUCUUUGGUUGUUGAUCGUGAUGUUACUGCCAGUAACGCACUAACAUAUCCAGAACUGUACAAAGAACUCGGAAAAGGCCGAUCGUUGUCCUACAAAACGUUCUGCAUAUGGGUCAUGAUCAGCCUUUACCAAGGAGCAGUGAUAAUGUAUGGAGCGUUGUUGGUAUUCGAUGCAGACUUCAUCCAUGUUGUCUCGAUUUCUUUUUCUGCACUUAUUGUCACGGAACUUAUAAUGGUCGCAAUGACAGUGCACACCUGGCACUGGGCGAUGUUACUCGCUCAGGCACUAUCUCUGGCACUUUACGCAGCUUCACUGAUUGUGCUCGACCAAUAUUUCGACCGGCAGUUCGUACUUUCGUGGAUAUUUAUCUCGAAGACUACAGUGAUAACAGCUGUAUCUUGUCUUCCUUUAUACGUUGUGAAAGCACUUCGGCGAAAGUUCUCUCCUCCUUCUUAUGCUAAAGUGAACUGA